AUGUUUAGAAGACACAAUGUUGCUGCCAGGAUUUUCGACCGCCAAAUUUCCACUGUUGCUCCUGGCACUAGUGUACCUUCUUGUUACUCUUUACCUCUUGUUACUGUUCACCAUACUAGGCGAUUUUAUGAGAAUUUAGUCCCUAAUUGUACCAUAUAUGAAGUUGAGUGCCCAGACCAUCUAUACCGUAAAAUCACUGAGGAUGGUCAAUACCUCAUAUGUUUCAGUAGAAAUCAUCAGGAUCUGAUUGUUUAUAGACCCACGUGGCUUUCAUAUUCAUGCAAAGAAGAAUGCAAUACUAAUGAUCUUCCCCAAAAAGCAAAGAGGUUUGAGAGCUUCUUCAGCCAACUGUACUGUGUAUCACUUGCUUCUAGCAAUGAGCUUAUAUGCAAGGACUUUUUUCUUUACAUGGAGAGUAACCAAUUUGGACUAUUUGCUACUUCUACUACACAAAAUCAUGAUGCGCCUGUUGGAGGAGCUGUUCAGGGUGUCCCCUCAAUAGAAAAGAUAACUUUUCACCUCUUGAGAUUGGAAGAUGGAGUUGUUCUGGAUCAGAAGUGCUUUCACAACGAUUUUAUUAACCUGGCCCAUAACAUGGGUGUCUUCUUGUACGAUGAUUUACUGGCAAUUGUGUCAAUUCGCUAUCAAACAAUACACAUACUGCAAAUCAGGGACUCCGGGAACCUUGUUGACAUACGAGCCAUUGGGACAUUUUGUCGUGAAGAUGAUGAGCUUUUUCUCAAUUCAAGCACUCAGAGUAUGCUUAGUCAUGAAAAAGGUAAACUGCAUCAACUGCCUGAGAAUCCUGUUGAGAAUGGUUUACAUCAGAGUGAGCCUUCCUCAGACUAUUGCUUUCUUAGUGGAAUCAAACAGCGGUUGCUCUCUUUCAUAUUUAGAGGAAUAUGGAAUGAAGAACCAGAUCAGGCAUUGAGGGUCCAAUCCCUGAAGAAGAAGUUCUAUUUCCAUUUCCAAGACUAUGUUGACUUGGUGAUCUGGAAGGUACAAUUCUUGGACCGGCACCACCUGCUAAUAAAGUUUGGUAGUGUAGAUGGAGGGGUGAGACUUCUUUCUAGCAUUACGGUCCCUGAAGGAGAGGGGAUAAAUUACUCUGUCGUAUUGAACCCAGAUGCUUUCUGGAAUGAGUCACCCUAUCCAUUGUAG